CUUGGUUAAAACUGUGUUUAUGCAAUUCACCAAAGGUGUUAUUCGAUCGUGGUUGCGCAAAUCAGUUGUUUUAUUUCACAUAGCGAGGAAAGCUGUGACGAUCGUGUAUUAAUGACCAUAGCGCAUCACAACUGGAACAACUGCUGAAUGGUCCGGCGAGUACACAGUGUCACUUACCUUGCCAAAUCAGGAACAAGGGUGUUGACAUAUAUUUUCAUGUCUUGAUAUGCUGAGGUGCAUCUCCAAAUUUGUUUCAAAGACAACUUGUAAAAUUAUUGGCGCCAAUACCAGACAUUUCCGUAAUUCUAACCUCUUAUAUAAGAUGACUGACACUUCACCUAACACAGAGGGUACGGAGUCUUCCCACUACACUGUGCUGGAUGUCAACGACUGGUCUGAGAAAUACUGGAAAACUGGACAAAUUGGUUUUCACAAGGACUAUGUGCACCCCCUUCUACUGAAGUAUGCUGACAAGCUGACCAAUGGAAAACCUGCCCAGAAGAUUCUUGUACCUUUGUGCGGCAAAACUCUUGACUUAAAAUGGAUUGCUGACCAGGGCCACACUGUCAUCGGAGUGGAGGCAGUGGAGCAGGCAGUGGUCGAGUUCUUCACGGAGCAAAACAUUGAGUACAGCAAGGAAACACUCACAGACAUCCCAGGAGAUUUGUACAAGAGUAGUGAUGGCCGAAUCUCUUUGUACAAAUGUGAUGUGUUUGAUUUCAACAGAUCCUUCAAGGACAAGGUUGAUGCUGUGUGGGACAGAGGCGCUCUGGUAGCCAUCAAUAGAGAGGACAGGGAGAGAUAUGCCGAUUUGAUAAAGUCUGUGUCAGCGCCAGCUUCUAGGAUUUUCGUCGUAACCUUGAACUAUGACCCAACUCUUUAUGGAGGUCCGCCACAUUUUGUGGAAGACGAACUGAUUCCGAAGUUAUAUGGUAGUCAGUACAAAGUGGAGAUUCUUGAUCGCCUUGACAGCUUAGAUGACAGAUGGAAGGAACGUGGACUGACCUACUUCGAAGAAGUACUACACUUUCUCUCCUACAAAGCAUAGCCAAACCAUGAAUGCCACCAUGUAAUAACCAGGAGUAGGUGAAUAAUCACCAUAAUGGGAUUGUGAUGGGGAUGUCAUCCUACUGAACUCAUUUAACCAGCAGGCACUAGAUUAGUUUACAGUAACCGGGCGCAGCACAGGUGCAUCUGCAGCACCUUCAUCACCUCACACGGAAACCUGGUACAGAAUAUGGCACACAAAUAUGUUCUAACAUGAGAGUAUAAUACAGCUCUUUCUCAAAGGCAUUACCCAUCAAAGGCGACUAUGCUUGUCGUAAGAGGCGACUAACGGGAUCGGGUGGUCAGGCUCGCUGACUUGGUUGAUGCAUGUCAUCGAUCCCAAUUGCGUGGAUCGAUGCUCAUUAUGUCAAUCACUGGAUUGUCUGGUCCAGGCUUGAUUAUUUACAGACCGCCGUUAUAUAGCUGGAAUAUUGCUGAGCGUGGCGUUAAACAACAAACAAACCAAACCAGUCAAAGGCAUUAUGGAGAACUGCAUCACUCGAGAUGUUUGAAAGGACCAUUCUUUAAACAUAUGAAGAUCCUGUUCCUCCAAAAAUGGUGAAGGUUCAUUCAGCUCCUUUCCAAAAAAUGAAUAGAGUGAUUCUUCCCCAAAGAUGGUCAGAACCAAAGUUAUCAACCUCCUGUGGCGUCACUCCAUUGUUCUUGCAGGUCACUCUUUUCUCGUAAGGUUCCUCCCUACUCAACCAGAAUAUUCUCGUAAUGUUACUCCCCACCCAACCAGAAUAUUCUUAAUAAUGUUCCUCUGGACCGGGAAAUUAUCAUAAUAAUGGCACUUUGCCCUGGGAAAUUAUCAUAAUAAUGUCCCUUUCACCCGGGAAAUUAUCAUAAUAAUGCCCCUUUCCCCUGGGAAAUAAUCGUAAUAAUGUCCCUUUGCCCCAGGAAAUUAUCGUUCUAAUGUCCCUCUGCUCCUGGAUCUGUAGUAUGGUCUUCUGUCAACAAAUAUCCUGUACAAUAUUCCAAAAUAGUUUUUUCACAUGCCAGCUCUUCAGAUUAGGAACAUUUUACAGAAUAUCCUGUCGGACAGAUACAUAUUAAAGCCCUAUUGAAUGAAGAAUAUUCAUGUUUUCAAAGUUUAUUAGAGGAGCAAAUUUUGGAUACAUUUUUUUCUUGUGAUGUACACUAUUUUCAUGUUAUAUUGAAAUUGAACACGAUCGGUUGAUCUUUUUAUGAAGUCACCUGGCCACCCGAGGUUUUCAUGUCCUUUGUGACCGUUGUGCUUCUCUGCAUCUUGGCAAUGGAUAUAAUAUUUAAAGCGACCUCACGUUGUUCGUCUGAUGUCGGCUUGUAGCAACGUACCGCCUUACUUCGGUGCCUUAGAAGUAAAUGGAUACAUAGUUUCAAUUUGUGAAGAUUCCUAAGAAUGUACUAUAAAUUCAAAAUGAAAUACAAAUACUAAAAUCCUAAAAUGUAAGGCUAGUUUUUUGUUAGUUAUUUGUCAUAUUUCAAACUUUUCAAAAUGUAGCCCUCAUGGUAAAGGUAAGCAAAUAUAAAUUCAAAAUAAAGAUUGAUGAUGACAAAAUGUUUCUUUUUGAGAAAAAUAAAAAAAAUGUCUACAGCAAUCCUGAGUAACAAACCAUGUGCGAUUGGGAAUGACAACAUAUUCUAUCUUUAAUAUAGAUAGUGAAAAUGUAAAAGUUACAAUUUGAUAAUUUAACAGCGGAGUACAAAGCACACAAUAUUACCGUUUGCGUUGUUGUGUUCGACCCAUGUGUUCCUAAAUGGCUAUUAAUUAUGUGAUAUAUUUCUAACUUUCUAUAUUAAUAAGUCUAAUGAACUGGUGCCUUUUGUUGAUUUGAGAUUUCCUUUUUUUUUCUUUUUCUUUUUUCUUUUUUUUUGUUUCCGAAUUGCGUGGAUCGGAGUUCAUUUUGUCAAUCACUGGUCCACUGUCAUAUAUGGAAUGUUGUGGUGUUAAACACACAUAUCAGGUUAUAUCGAGGUUUGUUUUUCAAGCCCUCUCCACCUGUGGAAGUUUGUGAUACAAGUAUGUCAUCAUGGUAAUCACCUGUUCUCGAACCACUAGACGGAUGAUUACCAUAUUUUCUAGACAACCUACAAACCAUGAGCUUGAUGUUCCAACAGCAUUGUUGGUUUGUUUGUUUAUUGUUUAAUGGUGCACUCAGCAAUAUUCCAGCCUUAUGAUGGCGGUCUGUAAAUAAGUGAGUCUGGACCUGACAAUCCAGUGAUUGACAUCAUGAGCAUUGAUCCACGCAAUUUUGAUACAAGUCACCAAGUCAGAGAGCCUGAUCUUCCGAUCCUGUAAUCACCUUCUACAACAAGCAUGGGUUGCUGAGGACCAAUUCUAACCCAGAUCUUCAUGGGUAUCUCUAACAGCAUUGAGCUGGUUUGUUAUUUGUGUGAUGACUUAUUUGUAUCAAUCCAACCCUAUUAUAACUUGCUUUUGAAAGUUUGCAAGAGGACAAAUGUGGCUAUUUGUAUAGGCAGGCACUUAAGUUGUUUAAAUGAAUAGGAAGUGUGACCUUUCCUCUCUGCAGUUGCUACCAACUCCACCAGUGUGAUAGUCCUAGGUCCCCUGAUGAGACUUUCGGUAUUUUGCUUUCACAAUGUUGACAGCAUGAUAAACAACACUGGAUGAAAUAUGAACUGUUAAUGGCUUUGACAUAUCUGUUAUGUUUCACUGGGGUCAAAGGUCAGUGUGUCUAAAGGGUAGAUCAUGAGUUAUAUUUAAAGCAAAUCUCUCAGGAACUGUGAGUCAAUUACCUACUUCAUGUUGGAUACACUUGUCUUCUCUGAGAAGUUGUGUGGCAAUGUAUUGCUCACCAUUGGAUGAAACAAUCAUAGGUGUUUUUAUCAUGUUUAUUUUAAUAAAAACUAGAGGAUUUUUAUGUAUAACCUAAA